CAAAAGUUUGGGAGAGAAGUUGGGUCGGUGCUGAGUGUGAGUGCGAGGGGGGCGGGGGCCGGCGAGAGUGGGGCUGCUCGGCGAGUCGACGCGUGAACAGAUAGACCUGCGGACGGGACAGUCGCGGCCGCAGGAGCUUCUAGCCCCGCUUAACCCCUGAUGCGCGGGGGGCCGCAGCUUCUCUCGCUGGGGGAUGCUGCGAGAUUCUUGGCGCCGGGCAUCCGGGCCGCCCGCUAAACCCGUGUGCCUACUCUGUGCCCCUGGCGAACCGGAGUCCGGCCGCAGGGAAAGAGAAGCGGCCAGUGAGACGCUGCAGGGUGCCGGGCGGGGAGGGGGCUGGAGGCCCCAGGCCCGAGGGCAUGGAGCGAUUAGGAGAGAAAGCCAGUCGCCUGCUGGAGAAGUUAAGGCUCUCGGACUCCGGCAGCGCCAAGUUCGGCCGCAGAAAGGGUGAAUCUAGCCGGUCUGGGUCUGAUGGGACCCCUGGGCCGGGCAAGGGGCGACUGAGUGGGCUGGGGGGACCUAGGAAAUCUGGGCCCCGUGGAGCUACUGGAGGACCUGGGGAUGAGCCGUUGGAGCCAACCCGGGAGCAAGGCCCCCUGGACGCAGAGCGGAACCCGCGCGGCUCCUUUGAGGCGCAGCGCUACGAAGGCUCCUUCCCCGGGGGGCCGCCUCCCAACCGGGCCUUGCCUCUACCUCAGUCAUUGCCCCCUGACUUUCGGCUGGAGACUACGGCCCCAGCCCUAAGCCCUCGCUCCAGUUUCGCCAGUAGCUCAGCCAGCGACGCGAGCAAGCCGUCCAGCCCCCGGUGCAGCCUGCUGCUGGACGGGGCGGGGGCUGGCGGAGCCGGAGGUAGCCGACCCUGCAGCAAUCGUACCAGCGGCAUCAGCAUGGGCUACGACCAGCGCCACGGCAGUCCCUUGCCCGCCGGGCCAUGCCUGUUUGGCCCACCCCUGCCCGGGGCUCCGGCGGGCUAUUCUCCUGGAGGGGUGCCGUCCGCCUACCCGGAGCUCCACGCUGCCCUGGACCGACUGUGCGCUCAUCGGCCCGCGGGGUUCGGCUGCCAGGAAAGCCGCCACUCGUAUCCCCCGGCCCUUGGCAGCCCCGGAGCUCUAGCCGGGGCCGGAGUGGGAGCCGCAGGGCCCUUGGAGAGACGAGGGGCGCAACCCGGACGACACUCAGUGACCGGCUACGGGGACUGCGCCGCGGGCGCCCGAUACCAGGAUGAGCUAACAGCGUUGCUGCGCCUGACGGUGGGCACGGGUGGGCGAGAAGCCGGCGCCCGCGGGGAACCGUCGGGGAUUGAGCCGUCGGGUCUGGAGGAGCUGCCGGGUCCGUUCGUUCCCGAGGCCGCCCGGGCCCGAAUGCGGGAGCCGGAGGCCAGAGAGGACUACUUCGGCACCUGUAUCAAGUGCAACAAAGGCAUCUAUGGGCAGAGCAACGCCUGCCAGGCCCUGGACAGCCUCUACCACACUCAGUGCUUUGUCUGCUGCUCCUGUGGGCGAACUUUGCGCUGCAAGGCUUUCUACAGCGUCAAUGGCUCUGUGUACUGUGAGGAAGAUUAUCUGUUUUCAGGGUUUCAGGAGGCAGCUGAGAAAUGCUGUGUCUGUGGUCACUUGAUUUUGGAGAAGAUCCUACAGGCAAUGGGGAAGUCCUAUCACCCGGGCUGCUUCCGAUGUAUUGUUUGCAACAAGUGCCUGGACGGCAUCCCCUUCACAGUGGACUUCUCCAACCAGGUGUACUGUGUCACAGACUACCACAAAAAUUAUGCUCCUAAGUGUGCGGCCUGUGGCCAACCCAUCCUCCCCUCAGAGGGCUGUGAGGACAUUGUGAGAGUGAUAUCCAUGGACCGAGAUUAUCACUUUGAGUGCUACCACUGUGAGGACUGCCGGAUGCAGCUGAGUGAUGAGGAAGGCUGCUGCUGCUUCCCUUUGGACGGGCACUUGCUCUGCCAUGGCUGUCAUAUGCAGCGGCUCAAUGCCCGACAGCCCCCUGCCAACUAUAUCUGAACUGCAGUCAGCGCUGCUGCCAUCACCACCAUCGACAAAUUCCUCUGGCCAGUGGGCCCCUCUGAGGCCAGCCGAGGCAAGGAAUGCACUCUGCAGGCCUGGCAGAAGAGUCCUCUGGGGAGGGCCCCAGGGGCCAGAGACCCAAAGAUCAUGACAUUCCAAAUGGAUUGUGGAGGAGGAACCUUCCAGUUGCCACAGUGGGAGUGACUGGCCUUCUUUCCGUGUGUGCAGCCUGUGCUGUAGCAUAUACUCAGGCACACACAGGCGAGUUCCAAUACUUUCUAAAGGUCUG